GCUCGUUGAAUGAGAAACGAAACGAACGUAACUACUAGUUUCUGUGUUGUUAUUUCGUAACCAGUGGGCCGCGUGUAUUUUCUUCAAUAACAAUGGCAAACCUAAGUAUUUUUGUGCCCGUUCUUCUUCUGGCUCUAUUCAUCAAAGAAGGUGAACCAGUGCGCUGUUGGACGUGCUCCUCUGACCUGAAUCCGCUCUGCAACGACCCCUUCCUCGCUGGAAGAUCAGACAACUCUUACUUGUUCAGAUUGGAGAACUGUGACGCCAAUGCGGGAGCCACAUACCCCCAUCUCACAUCUUCCAAGUCCGUCUGCAAGAAGAUGAAGAAAUACAUUAAUGGACAACUGGUUGUGAGCCGUGGAUGCACGUGGAAGCGUGCCGAUGACUACAGCACGCAAUGCCCAAGCGCGUCCAACGGACCUUACGAAGUGACCUCCUUCUGUGAGACCUGUGAAUACGACGGGUGCAACGGAGCAGCUACCAUCAGCAAAACCAUUGCCCUACUAGCCGCCCCCCUCACACUCCUUCUCUUCAAGUAACUAACACAAUAAAACACAAUUCAUAGUACAAAAUAAUAUAUUAUAAAAUAGAGAUAUUUUUAUUGUCUACCGUGGGACCAUACCGAAAUAUUUCCCAAUGUACAGAGCCGAGUAUACCCACCGUAAAAUUUUAAGUUUUUCUCACAUCGAAAUAUUGUA